AGCUGACUCACUCAGGAGAGGUCAUGUGACCUGCGGAGGCGCUCAGUCACAACAAAGAUGGCGGCCGCGGGGAAGAAGCGGAGCGGAGUUCGUUUUCUUUUUUUUCUCUUUUCACUUUUCAGUUUGAGCCAAAGUCUGUUGAGUGACAGCAGGAAGUUGUCCGUAGAGUUGAACCCCGGAGCGCCCUCGCUGCCUCGUGGCGGCGACCUGCUGCACGUGAGAGCCGUGGGAGACAACGAUACGCUUCACUUCCUGUUCUGCAGCCAGGGGGCGCCGACGCUGCUGCUCGUCCACACCAACACUUCUUCUUCUACUGUCCAGGUGGAGUGGUCUCAGUUUGUGGAGCGCAACCACAGUGGCAGCCUGAAGGUGGAGCCAGAGAGCAGCAUCGUGUACAGCUCCGCCCUCGUCUUCAGCAGGUUGUUGGAGUACGACGAUGUCAACGACACGGCUGACCCGAUCUCCGACCUCUUCCCGCCGUACGAGCUGCAGGACUUCAUCUGGUCUCGCUUCAACCUGUCGGGUCCAAGCGCUCUGCUCUGUGGCGCCGCCGCGACCUUCACCAACGGAUCGGUCUGCCUGCAGUUGUCGGUGUUUGAGUCAGAGGGGCGUGAUCAGUCGUGGCCCCGCCUCCUCCACACAGCUAACUCAUCCCAGGUGAGGGUGUGGCUUGACGGUGUGUUGCCGCGGGCGACUCGUUCCAGGUUCCUGUUGGAGCUACAGGCGGUGGGCGGGGCUUAUCCUCUGAGCAGAGUGGAGGUUCAUCGAUCAAUUGAUGACGAGUUCACGCCGUCAAUAUUCCAGGUGAUCAAUAAUUCAGCAGUUUUCUAUAAUAGUAAUAAUAUAUUCAGGUAUUGGAAGCCAAGUGCGUAUCGUCAGUCCAACCCCCUGGAGGACGCCACACCGUGCCGUCACUCCGACCCGCGCCCUAAAGAGGGCGAGGCGGCGCAGCGGCGUCCUGGUCCUGACUACGAGCGUUCUAGCGCAGACAGAACGUUUGGAAUGAACGUGAGCUUCGGACUGGCAGGAGAACCUUCUAACAACAGCACCAAGUUCCUCAGCUGGUCCGACAGAGGAGAGGAAGAGGGAGAAGCCAUCGCUAACUGCUAG